UUUCUCGCGUAACAGGGUGGAUUUGUAGAAAACCAGCCAUGUUGAGUAGCUUGUGGGGUGGCCAGGCCGCUACAAACUCCAAAGAAGAGGAGAAAGUUGGCGAAAAGGGGGACAACAGCGAGACCAAAGAGGGAGAAGAACAACCCGAAGAGAAGUCCUCUCCUGAAAGUGGUUCCGAGACGAAAAGUCCGGAGGGAGGCGGAGAACAAGUGGACUACACACAAGCAGCCAAGGCGUGGGGGAGUUUUCUGGUCAGUGUUGCAACAUCGGCCACCAAGACUGCCACCCAGCAGGCCAAGAAGGUGACCAAGUCUGUCCAGCAAACAGCAAAGGACCUGUCAGAAACUUCCAUUCUAGGUGAUUUUCAGAGGGAACAAGACAAAUUUCUACAGGAGAAACAACAAAUAAGAACAGAAUUAUCAAGGAGGGAAGCUGCAGUACCUCCUUGGGUAGGUUAUAAUGAGGAGGCCGCCAUGAAGAGUCAGAUCCUGGCCCUGUCACAGGACAAGAGGAACUUCAUGAGGAACCCUCCUGCCGGCGUGCAGUUCCAGUUUGACUACGAGGCCAUGUUCCCCGUUGCCAUGGCAACACUUCAGGAAGACUCCAACCUCCAGAAGAUGAGGUUCGAGCUGGUCCCUAAACAGAUAAAAGAGGAGAACUUCUGGAGGAACUACUUCUACAGGGUGUCACUGAUCAAACAGUCCACGCAGCUGUCCUCCAUGGCGCAGGACAACAGCAAACCCAAGGAGCCAGACAGCAAGGAAACACCGCAGGAGGAAGGCAAGAGAGAAAAGACACCACCACAAAGUAUAGAGGGAGGAACAGGCUCCCAGUUGGAUGGGGAUUCGUCAAGUUCCUCCUCCCACGGAUUUGAACAUCUAGAACCCCAGUUCGACCUUGGGCAGGAGGACCUUGGAACGAGCCCCUCUCAGCACGAGUUUGCGAGCGACGCGUUCGAGCACACGGAGGUCAGUGAAGAAGAGAUGCAGAAGGCCAUGGAACAGCUGGGCAUGGACAAGAAGGACGAGACAACAGCUGAUGAAGGAGACCCAAAGAAGGAAGAUGUGCCAGAGUGGGAGAAAGAGUUACAAAAGGAGCUGCAGGAGUAUGAGGUUGUGGACCAGGGGGCCAAUGAACAGUGGGAGAAGGAGAUAGAAGACAUGUUGGGCCUGGAAGAGAACGAAGAGAAAAACUGAGCACCCCCUUUGUUACAAUGGUACCAUCCAGAUGUCAGGCAUAUUUAUUGUAUAGAUUGUUGACAAGUGGGCAAUGCCACUAUAUAUGGAAAGAGGGAAUUAUUCUUGAAAACAAAUCUAAACGUGAGACCAGACAAGUUCAGCAACUUGCUGAAUGGAUUUUUGUACUGUUUUGGGACAGACUAAUGACAAAAACUUACCCUAUAAGUUACUGUAAGCUCAUUGGGUAUUUUAGCAAGUUUGUUUGUUCUUUCAGACCCUUGCAAUGCCUAGUGGCACAUAGCAUUUUUAAAGGAAGGUGUUGCUAGCCCGUCUCCUUGAAUGUGCUUGAGGCACCUUCUCAAAUAUGGGAUCUCAAUUUAUGUCCCUUUUGAAAGAAGGGCGCAGCCCCAACCAAGAUGCCCUACCUGGAAUUGAACUUGAGUAUCCCAGUUACCAACUAAUUGGUACAAGGAGCUCAACUGUGAGGCUGCUACCAGUUGAGCCACAGGGACAUCUAUUUCCAACAAGUGGCAACACUUCUGCUCUUUUCUAUUGUUCUGUGGGGGAAGAAGUCCAUUCAACAAGUUAUCGAAUUUGUCAAGGCCUGAGUGUAGCUAAGAUUGACUCAAAUGUACUAGCUCAGGAGACCAGAAAUCAGAACCACAACAUUCCUCCUGAA